AUGGGGGCACUGGUGCCGAAGGUGUGGUUCAUGCUAUUCCGAGCGAAGGAGUACAAGAUCGUGGUGGUCAGCCUCGAUAACGCCGGCAAAACGACGACGCUUUACAAGCUCCAUUUGGGGGAGGUGGUCACCACGCACCCAAUCGUCGGCAACAACGUUGAGGAGCUUGUAUACAAGAACAUUCGGUUCGAGGUGUGGGACCUUGGCGGACAAGAGAGGCUAAGGACAUCAUGGGCCACAUACUACCGAGGCACACACGCCGUAAUAGCUGUAAUAGAAAGCACAGAUAGGGCUCGGAUCUCCGUAAUGAAAGAUGAAUUAUUCGGUCUGCUACUGCACGAAGAUCUACAAAGCGCGGUUGUGCUUGUUUUUGCAAAUAAACAGGACCUUAAGGAUGCGAUGAACCUUGCCGAAAUAAACGGAUGCACUUUCCCUGCACAGCAUAAAGAAUCAUGA